UCCCAUUUCUUUCAGUGGUACCAGAAUUGUAGCAUAGUAAAGGCGUGGAGGUUAAGCUGUCGCAGCACUUCGGAAUACGUAUCUAGCUACAUUAUUUUGUCAUUUAUAACUUUCGCGAAAUGAAAUUUAUACAUUAGGCUGCAAGACUAUAUCCAGCCCAAAAUGACGGUGGAUUUUGAAGAAUGCGUAAAAGAUUCACCCCGUUUCAGGGCAAACAUUGAUGAAGUUGAGACAGAGGUGGUGGAGAUUGAAGCUAAACUUGACAAGUUGGUAAAGCUAUGCAGCGGAAUGAUCGAGGCAGGGAAGGCGUACGUCAGCGCCAACAAACUAUUUGUGAACGGGAUCCGGGACCUGUCCCAACAGUGCAAGAAGGAUGAGAUGAUCUCGGAGUGCCUCGAAAAGUGUGGUGAGAGCCUCCAGGAAAUAGUUAACUACCACAUGAUUCUGUUUGAUCAAGCCCAGAGGUCUGUGAAGCAGCAGUUGCACAACUUUGUGAAAGAGGACGUCCGUAAAUUCAAGGAGACCAAGAAGCACUUUGACCGUGUGCGCGAGGACAUGGAGAUAGCCCAGGUGAAGAACGCCCAGGCUCCCAGAAACAAACCCCACGAGGUGGAGGAAGCCACCGGAACACUCAGCAUCACCAGGAAAUGCUUUCGACACCUGGCUCUCGAUUACGUGCUUCAGAUCAAUGUCCUUCAAGCCAAGAAGAAGUUUGAGAUCCUAGAUGCUAUGCUGUCCUUCAUGCAUGCCCAGUACUCCCUCUUUCAGCAAGGCUACAACUUGUUGGAUGAGAUUGACCCCUACAUGAAGAAACUAGCUGCUGAGUUGGAUCAGUUGGUGAUUGAGUCUGCAAUGGAGAAGAGGGACAUGGAACACAAGCACGCCACGAUACAGCAGCGGACUCUGAUGCAGGAUUUCUCUUACGAGGAUUCAAAGGCAGAGUUGUUCAAUGUGGACGCACCCAAUGGUGUUGUGAUGGAGGGAUACCUGUUUAAGAGGGCCAGCAAUGCCUUUAAGACGUGGAACAGGAGGUGGUUUUCCAUCCAGAACAGUCAGCUGGUCUAUCAGAAGAAGCUGAAGGAUUCCUUGACCGUGGUGGUAGAGGACCUAAGGCUGUGUUCAGUCAAGCCCUGUGAAGACAUUGAAAGGAGGUUCUGCUUUGAGGUUGUCUCCCCUACCAAGAGCUGUAUGCUGCAGGCUGAGUCGGAGAAGCUUCGGCUAGCGUGGAUCCAAGCAGUGCAGGCCAGCAUCGCCUCCGCCUACAGGGAAAGCCCCGACUACAACUACAUUGAGCGUCUGGACCGGACUGCCUCCCCGUCCGUCAGCAGUAUUGACUCGGCCAGCGAGCCUCGGGAGCGCGGCGUCAGAGGAGAGAGUAUCCUGCACCGUAUCCAGUGUCUCCCGGGCAAUGAGUACUGCUGUGACUGUGGCCAGGCGGACCCACGCUGGGCCUCCAUCAACCUGGGUGUCCUGCUCUGCAUCGAGUGCUCCGGCAUCCACAGGAGUUUGGGUGUUCACUGCUCCAAGGUGCGUUCUCUUAACUUGGACUCGUGGGAGCCAGAGUUACUGAAGUUAAUGUGUGAGCUGGGAAAUGGUGUUAUCAACCACAUUUAUGAGGGAGCCUGUGAGGAGCUGGGCCUAAAGAAACCAGGGCCUUCAAGUUCCAGACAGGAGAAGGAGGCGUGGAUCAAAUCAAAGUAUGUGGAGAAGAAGUUCCUGAAGAAGUUGGGGGCCACUGAGGUGCUGGUGAACGGCGGACCGAAGUCGGAGCGACGCUGGAGUGUGAGGAAGUGCCGGAGACACAACAGCGCCACCACCGUGCCGAAGACACGGCGGAAAUACAGGCCGGAGCCGGGCAGUGCCUCUCCUGCUGCCCUGUCCUCAGCCGCUUCAGCUCUAGAGAGGAAGUUCAGACGAGAGUCACUGUUUUGUCCAGAUGAGCUGGACAAUCUCUUCUCUUACUUCGACACGGGAUCCGGGCCUCGUAGCCCUGCAGGUCUGAGCAGUGACAGUGGUCUGGGUGGCAGCACGGACGGCAGCACAGACAUCCUGGUGUUUGGCUCUGUGGUGGACAGUGUCACGGAGGAGGAGUGUGAGGUGUCCGAGGACUCUAGCGGAGAACCUGAAAUGGAGCCCGAGAACCAGUCGGACCCAGAGGACGUGUGUGAGGUCCACCCGGGGGUGCUGCUCUACAAGGCCUCCCGGGCGCACAACCUGCCCCUGAUGGCCGAGGCACUGGCCCACGGCGCUGACGUCAACUCGGUCAACGACGAGGAUGAUGGCAAGAGCCCGCUUAUACAGGCUGUAAUUGGGGGGUCUUUGAUAGCCUGCGAGUUCCUGCUCCAGAAUGCAGCGGACGUCAAUCAAAGAGACGCCAGGGGGAGGGGCCCUCUACACCAUGCUACAUAUCUGGGACACACAGGGCAGGUGUGUUUGUUCCUGAAACGAGGAGCCACACAGAACGACGGGGAUGAGGACGGCCAGGACCCUCUGAGUAUCGCCGUGCAGGCAGCCAAUGCCGACAUCGUCACCUUGUUACGUCUGGCCAGGAUGAACGAGGAGAUGCGGGAGUCGGAGGGACCGUUCGGCCAACCAGGAGACACCACUUACUUGGACAUCUUCAGAGAAUUCUCUCACAUGGCGUCCCACAACCCGGAGAAGCUCAAGCGGAGGAGUGUGCAUUUCAGACACUCAUUCAGGUAGCCCCUGGAUGGAUGAGAGGUCGGGAAGGUCAUACUUGAAGUGCAACAGUCGCUUUCCUUCAUCAUAGGUUUACACAGAUUCAGAACCUGACUUCCUCUAAGAUUCUCAAUAUUCUUCACAAACGAGGACCACUAUUGCGCUCAUUUAAAUUGCCCCAACUACUGGUUUAAUCGCUAAUGACAAUACCAGUAUUGCCUAACACUAAAAUGGUGAUGUCAGUAUUUAAACCACUGUCAGCAUGCAUGUCAGUGUACAGGAGAUGCAUUCAAAGGGUGCAUCUAAAAAAAACAAAUGACUUCAGUAUGGGUGACUGUCACCCAAUGCUUAUUUUCGCUGUGUUACAAACAUCUGUGAAUUCCUAGAUGCUGUUUAUGUAUUUCGUCUUUCAUAGAAGAUACUGAUGCCUUCAGCAGUUGGGAAGCAUAUUUUGUUUGAGAAUGUUGUUUGUUACAAAUGUGUGAAUGCAUAUUUUGUUAUCCAGUCAACCAAUUGUUUUGAGAACUUUUUGUAAUGUGGCCUGUUUUUAUAAGGAUUUGCUGGACUUGUCCUCUCCUAAUUGCCAUAUUACAUAAAUGUUCAGCAUUGCUGUUACAUGUAAACCUUCGAUAAAUCCAAGCACUUAACAGUUUGUCAUCAUGUGUUCUAGAUAGAUGUCAGUGCAUUUUUCUUGUCCGUACUCUCAGAUCCGUUUGACUAUUCUGUUGAAUGUACCAACGUAUUAUAGAAGAAAUAACAGCAUGUUAUUUACAUUGAACAUGUUUUGUAUUCUGUUGUGUGUGAUGCAUGCCUUUGGUUCAUUUAUAUUUCUUACUCAUAAACAAACUUGAAAUAAGCAGCAGUGUCUCACUAUAGCCUAUAGGCUUCCAGCUCCGUUAGUUUGAAUCUGUUGUUUACUGUGGAUUCCAUCAAGUUCAUUCAAAUGUUUUGUAAUGUCAGUAUUAUUUUUCAAAAACGUUUUGUCUUUAUCCUGGAACUAUAUGGAAGGUGAUAUUUCAUUUUGACUAUACUGGUAUAGUCUUAAUAUGCUCUUAAAUAAAAUGUAGAAUGUCUUUAUAUAUUCGUACCACUAUGAAUUUCAAUGCAGAUACUGUAUAUAAACGCUGUAGAGGCAAAAUGCUAAUAUAUCUGAAAGGAAUGUUAUUUUGUCAUGAAUAUUUUUAGAAGAUGUAUGCCUCUAAAGAGGUAAUAAAUAAAGUUUGUUAAAUCUGA